CGUACGCCGGCGAGACAUCAAAGUCUCGUUUCCUCCCUCGUUCCGUCUCAUUCUUCCCCAUCCUUCUUCCAACCCCUCCUCUUCAAUCUCCUCCUCCUCCAGCUGCUGCUCCCUCCGUAUUUUUUUUUGUUGAGACCCUGUCUCUCGCGCCAGCAAGGAGCGGCUCUCGCUUCGCUCUGCUUCUUCCGUUGAAUCUUCCUCGGUUUCGUGGGUCGCCGCAGGAGGUGCUGCUGCUGCCGCUGUUGUUGUUGUUGUUGGAGGCCAGUGACGGGAGAACGGAGGAGGAGGAGGUCACAGCCAUGGCCGAGGAGACGCCCGAGAUCAAGGACUCCUCUCGAAAGUCUAAAAAGAGAGGUAAAGACCGCAGCGAAGAUGAGCUCACGCGUCUCUUCUCUGGAGACGGCGUGAGCUACCGAGCCAAGAUCAUCGGCUCUGACCCAGUGCCUGGUCCCUCCGGACACAAGAUCUGCCAGGAUGCCAUGAUGAAGCUCAAGGCAGUGGCGUCGGCCUCGCGUUCCCGGGGCCAGCACAAGCAGCGCGUGCUUCUCAGCGUCUCCUUCAAGGGCAUCCGCAUCUCUGAUGAGAAGAGUGGAACCACCGAGUACGAGCACCCAAUUGGCUUCAUCUCUUACAUCGCCCGCGACGUCUCGGAUCCGCGCGCCUUCGGCUACGUGUGCGGAGCGUCCGGAGCCCACUGUUUCUACGCCGUCAAAACUGUGCAGCAGGCCGAGCCCCUGAUCAUGGACAUUCACGACGUCUUCCAGCUGCUGGGCAGCAGGAAAGGGCAGCAGCCCCAGGUAGCUGGGGGAGACGCGACCUCGCAACUCGACGAACAGAAUAACUUUGAGCAAGUGGCUUUGUUUGGGGAGAUCAGCACCUCCGUUGAGCCCCACUCUCCCAUGACCCCCGCUGAAGAAGGGUGGUCGAACCCCACCUGGGGGUCGCCGUGCAACAUCCCAGUGCUCAUCGGGGACCCCGCGAGACUCCGGAGUGAGUGCCCCCCCGGGGGCCCUGGCUCAGUGGCUCACGCGGGAGGCAGCACGGCCGGGAAUGUCACAAUGUUUCUGGACGGGACGUGCGGAGGCGAGACCGACACAGACGACCCCGAUCCUGCGUCUGUCCAGGCCCUGGACAACAUGGAUAUAUACGCAACCGUCUCCAAGCCCUCCCAACCACAGGUGCAGCAGGGUGGCGAUCCCUUCACUCUUCCGCCGCUCUCCUUCGACGAUGAUUUCGCAGCCUCCGUGGGGCAUGCAUUGCCGGCGGCUUCGGCGGGGCCACCCGGCGGUCCCGAGUCGGGCAGGGCCCCACUGAGCAUCACGAUUCCCGCACCUCGGGGAGCCGGGCUUCCUGUGUCGGCCACGGUGAACAGCCCAACUUCUCUGGCUGGAACUCCUCAAGCUGUGCCACCUUCAGGUGUACUAGGAUUGCAGCAGCAGCAGCAGCAGCGACAACAGCAGCGGCAGCAGAAGCAGCAUACAGCGCCCUGGAUGCCGCAGAUGACCCAAGCAGCUGCUGUUCUGGCGAGCAUGGCCAGUCAAGCGACCGCGCAGCAACACUCGGCGUCGUCGCAGGCCGCACGAGCCGACGUCUACAGGGAGGCGUUUGCAGGCCUCGAGCAGCCGGCGGCGCCUGUCUCUCAAGCGGCGUGGCCGUCGCCAGGUCAAACUGGCCAGCAAGCGUGGCCAUCGCCGGGUCAGGCUCCCCAGCCAGCGUGGCCCUCACCGGGUCAAACUGGCCAGCAAGCGUGGCCCUCUCCACACCAAGCAUUUCAGCCAGAGUGGCCCUCACCGGGUCAAACUGGCCAGCAAGCGUGGCCGUCGCCGGCUCAGGCUGCCCAGCAAGCGUGGCCUUCUCCACACCAAGCAUUUCAGCCAGAGUGGCCUCAAGACCAAGCCUUUCGGCCCGUGUGGCCAUCCCAAGAGCAGGCCUUUCAGCAGCCCAGCUGGCCGGCCCACCACGUGGGGCCCGGCAGUGGCGGCGGCGGCGGCGGCACCCAGCCAUUCGGCGUGGGCGCGACGCCAGAGCUGGAGUUGGAGCUGGCCCUGGGCGGGGAUCCCGUGGUGAGCGUCUUCCCGGUGGCCGCCCCCCGACCGCAAGCCGCCCCCCAAGCCGGGCCCGCGCGGCCCCCCGCAAGUGCGGGGCCGGACCCGUUCAGCGGCCUCAUGGGAGGUGUGCAGGCCACCGCCAAGUGAGUGGCCACCCUUUGGAUAUGGAGUGAACAGAGCAUCGCGGCGUGACCACGCGCAUACAACUUCUCUCCGUUUUCGCGAACACCUUCCCACACACCUGUACUGCUCGGCCCUGGAUUGAGACCAUCCAUCGCUCCCUCGGCGUUUCCAACAUGAUGUGUUCAUCUUCGCCGGCCAAAUACACAAACAUGCUUGACGAUUGCUGAACACGGCACGUGGACUCUCUUAAUGUCCACCGGUGCCCUCUCCAAGUCGCGCGGUACAAGAUCUUUGGUAGUUGGAAUCAGGCUCUGCAGACAAAGCCCCUUCCAUACAAUAUAGCCGCCACAAACUUUCGAGGCAAGUGCUGUUCACACGGGGGGCGGGAUGCCAGCAACCGCUCCCGGCCGCCUUUGUCUCCCCCGUGGAAAACCACGACCGCCACCGUCACCAGCAGCAUCACUCUCACGUAGCUAUGGAAACACACGUUCACACCUACACACACGCAAACCAACAUCUCCCCGUUUCAAUCAGCUCUCUGUUUCACGUGGGAAGUGUUUGUUUAGCAUCUGACGCGCGAAGCGUGGAAAGACUUCCGUUUAUGUUUGGAUGGAAAAUAUUGGUCAAUGUUGAGAAGGUGGGCCGUUGUGAGCGGCGACUGCUGGAGUCAGAACAUCCUGCUUUCGAUUUCCACAGAUGUUCAGACCCUUGACUUUGUACGCUAUGUUACCUGUACCAGUGAUACAGUGCCAAUCCACGAUUACAAAUGCACUUACAAAAAUCCAGAAUUGCACGUGAAAAUUGUACUUAGAUUAGUCAAUAGAUUGAAAACUCAUUUCUUUCGAACUGCUUUUUGUGUUUAGUUUGUUGUCCUUCCCCCCGCACCUCCGAUUCAGCACGGUUGGCUACGUACGGUGCGAAAGAAGUUCAACAACACGCAUUCGACACAUGCAGCGUACAUCAACUUUGUCUCGUUUUGCGCAACUGUCAGUACAUUUCAACACGUGUGGGUUCAGAAUAAACUUCUUGGUAAAUGCUAAGUUUCUGUAUUUUACGUAAAAAAAACUUACAACAAUAAUAAAAUACUUUAAUAAUAUGAAA